AUGGAGAUGCUCAAAUCUCAAUCUCAAUUUCAAGUUCAGUUUAAAUCGAAUCUGGAAAAUCUGCUUGGCAUGAAGGGUGGAGAUGGAGAUGCCAACAAUUCUUCAUGUCAGUUAAAGAUAGUUGAAGCUAUGAAACCAAUUCUUGAGCGCAGCAUUUGUGAGAAUAUGAGGUUGAAGUUUAAUGGGGGAGGUAAAUUUAGGAUAGCAGAAUUCGGGUGUGGAACCGGGCGAAAUACACUUGUGGUAGCAGACACCAUUGUCAGAGCUCUGCAAUGCUCACUUGAGGAAAGGCAGGUGCCAGAAUUUAAGGUUUAUUUCACUGACCUUCCGUCAAAUGAUUUCAAUUUGCUGUUUCGAUUGUUGCCUCCGCUCCAACAAGGUUUUCCCGAUGCAGACGGUAAUCGUGUCUGUGAUAACAAUCCAGUAGCUUCAAGAUCAUACUUUGCGGCGGCUGUGUGUGGAUCACAUUUCAGACGUCUUUUUCCACAAAAAAGCCUGCAUUUUUGUCAUUCUUCUACCAGUCUCCACUGGAUUUCACAGGUGCCAGAAAGUGUUCAACAGAGGCGCUCUCCUCGUGUGUACGUUUCAAUUGAUUGCGAGGAGGAAAUGGGAGCUGCGUAUCUUCACCAGUUUAGCACAGACUUCACAGCAUUUCUAAAUGCCCGAGCAAGAGAGAUAGUUGAUGGGGGAUGCAUGUUUAUAUCUCUGGUGGGGCGUAAUGUAGGUAUCCAACUAAUGGAGGAGCAAGGAAUGUUAGUAAAUAUUGCGCGCCACUUAGAAUAUGCUUUUGAGGAACUAGUAAACGAGGGCAUUAUUGAAAAGGAGAAAUGA